AUGCCUUCUCAGAUAUUAAUGACAAUUCUCUUUAUAACUUGUUUUUCAUUGUUGUUUUGGUGCAUUAUCGUAGAAUCUCGUUUAAUUGACGGUAGCGACAACAAUGCUAUAAAUCCGACCGCUGGAACUCCUCAUCAACCUUUUUUGAGAGCCAUUAGUUCAUUGAAUUUCAAUCAGAAUUCUUCUCCCGUUACGUCGCCCACUGAUUCUCUUGGGUUAAACCCGAUCGGACCGACAACUAUAAAAUGCACUGAUAACUUAUCUUCUGGGUUAUAUCCUAUGCCACGAUGUAUAUCAAAUAUAAUGUGUAGUUAUAAUGUUCAACCUUAUAAUGUUAACACAUUGUCAAAUUAUCGUUCAUUCAGGCGGACUAGCCAUUUCAACACGAAUCCAACUUACCCCAUUUUUAUACCUGCUGAUGAUCCACUUUACAAUCCAAAUCCAAACUCUACUAUCUCUCCAUACCAAAUCAAUGUACCUUUUUUACCUGCUAAUCGUUCCGAUGGUAAUAAUGACACUAAUCCAGCAACUCGAAAUCCUCUUCUUAGUGGAAUAAAUAAUGUUACUCCCUUUUUUGAUCUAAACAAUAUUUAUGGUAUAAGUGAUCAGGACGCGAUGAAUAGGCUUCGGGAUACUUCAACUAAUAAAGGAAAACUUAAGACUUAUACUGUAAAUGGUGAAGAUUAUCCUCCAAAAAAUUCUUCUGAUGGUUCAUAUAUUUGGGGCUCAACUUCGGAACGUUCGUAUAGUAUAUUUACUUUGGCCAUUCAGACAAUCUGGAUACGUGAACAUAAUAGAUUAUGUGAAGAAUUGUAUAAUAAACAUGGUAAUUCUUGGACUGAUGAACAAUAUUUUCAGGAGGCAAAACGUUGGACUAUUGCUUUCUAUCAAAAAGCUGUUUCUGAGGAAUAUAUUGGUGCUAUUCUUGGUCGUCCUUUACCAGCCUACCAAAACUAUAAUCCAAAUCUUGUGCCAGGAGUUGAUGCAUUUUUCGCAACUGUUACUUUUCGAUAUGGUCAUAGUGAAUUAAGUGAUUUUUACCAAAUUCAAGAUGAAUAUGAUAAUACCCUUUAUAAUUUACCUUUGAACGAUAUUAAAAAUCUCUCACUUUUGGAGACAUUUGGGUUAGAAAGAGUACUAUGGUCUAUAGUUCUUCAACGUCAGGAAGAAGUUGAUAUUUUUUUAGCCGAUUCUACUAAAAAAGCUCUUGCACCUGAUCAUAAUACUUAUGAUAUAGCUGCCUUUGAUAUUGAAAGAAGUAGAGAUCGUGGCAUUCCUUUAUAUAAUGUAGUUCGACAAUAUUUUGGUUUUCCCAAAGCUCAGUCGUUUGCUGACAUUUCCUCAAAAGCUAAUAUUCAAGCAAACUUGGCUAAAAUCUAUCCUAAUGGAAUUGAAACUGUAGAAGCAUGGGUUGGAGUGAUGAGUGAAGACCAUUUAGAUGGUGCAAAUUUUGGCAUGGUCAUGAAUGCGAGUAUGGUGACGCAGGUAAUCAUGUCUAUAUGUUUCGAUUCUGAUAACUUUUGGUUCGAGAAGUCUGAUAUGUUCACUUCUGAUGAACAAAUUAUCCUACGAAACACUACUCUCAGGGAUAUCAUUGUUCGUAACAUAAAUCAAAGUGUAUCUUUCCCUCAAAAUAUUUGGUCCGUUCAACCUCAAACGAAACUUAGCAGUAGUGAUGACAAUAUUUAUCCGACUAAGAUUAGUAGUUGGACUCAAUAUGUUGUGAGUUAUAGGGUUGAUUUGACAUAUGUAUAUUUCAAGGUUCAACUUCAAACUUCUAAUGGCAAUGGUUGGUUUGGAAUGGGAUUUGAUCCGAAAGAUAACGGCAUGACAGGUGCUGAAUUUAUCAUUGGAAUUGUUACUAACGGAAACGUUACAUUAGCAAAUUACCAUGCUGAUGUAGGUGGCUACCAUCCUCCCCUUCGUGAUUCUAACCAGGAUCCGACUCUUGUGCCAACAUCUUCUUCUAUGUCUGAUGCCAAAGCUGUGACCGUAGAGUUCAAAAGACUACUCAAUCCUCCAGGAAGAAAACCAAUUGUGCAUGGCGAUAUGAAAUAUAUUAUGGCUUAUAAUCCAAAUAGCAAUGCCUUUUCUUACCACCAAAAUAAUCGAAUGUUGGUUCUAGUGAACUUUUAUAAUAGUGAAAUUAGUGUUGCAACUACAGCUAAACUUCAAAGUUUUAUUAGAGUAGUUCAUGGCUGUGGAAUGUUCUUUACAUGGUGCAUACUAUUUCCGGCAUCAGUCUUUAUUGUUCGAUACUUAAAGCAUUAUACUCAUCACCUUAAAAUUCAUCGACUUAUACAAUUGAUUGGUGGUAUUUCAGUUUCAUCAUUUGGUGCUGCUGCUAUUUCUACACAAAUCUUUAUUGCAAAUAGCAACACAUUUUGGUGGAAAAUUACUUAUGGUUGUUGGAUGUUUAUAAUAGCUACCAUUUUCUUACUUGGUGAGAUUUGGUGGCGUUUUGAAGGAUUAUUUCAACGAUUCCUCUGCGUUAAAGAUGAGGAUAUUGCCGAAAAAAAAACGAUGAUGCAUACUCAUAUUAAUCAUAAAGAGUAUACUAAAUUACCCGAGUUUACUUGGGAAGAAAUUAAUGAAAGAGUUCAGUGUGGAGCUUAUUUGGUCGUUUGCGAUGGACUUGUGGUAGAUAUUCGCAGUUGGUGUAGUUCCCACCCAGAUUUUUAUAAUACACACAAAAACCAAAAAAUUGUUGAAGAUUUAGAUUCUCUAGAUGUUUUAUUGAUUCAAAAAGAUACAGCUUAUGGAAGUCAUUCAUCUAUGCUCGCAAAAUAUAUAAAUCAUCUUCGAGGAAGACCAGCACCUCGACCUCAAAAAAGACGGUCUGUUGCCAAAUUUGUCGAUAAUAUGAAUGUAAAAUUCUAUUUAAGGGAGCCAUUGGCACAACAUACUCACAGUAGGUUUGCCACACAGAAAAUGGCAACAAUGGUUAUAGGAAAAGUUAUAGAAAAUGCAAGCGAAAAAGGACCUUUUAUUCAAGGUGAUGGAUCUAUUUAUCAAACUCGAGAAACCGAUUCUAUUGAAAUUGAUGGAACAUUUAUGAGUACCAAAAAAAGUAUCAAAUUUCAUCGUUAUAAGCUUACUAGCAAGGAAAUGAUUAAUGCAAAUAUCAAAUAUCCUGUGAUUAGAUUUACAUUUUCUAUAGUUCAUCAAGGUGCAAAAGAUAUUAGUACUGAAAAAUUCUUGCCUGGACAUUACAUUGAAGUGCAAUCUAGAGUAAAUGGCCAAAUUGUAAUUAGAAGUUACACUCCUUUGGAAGGUAGUUUAUCCAAGUCAUUUUCCAUUUACGUCAAAAUUUAUCCAAGGGGACUCUUUUCACAGCAUUUGAGCGAACAGCUCAUAGGAUAUGAAAUUCAAGCACGUGGUCCAUUUGAUGUUGGUGAUAGAUUCAAGCCAUAUGCUGCAUCUACACUACCGGAGCCGUUAUCUUCUGGCCGCAGCAUCCUUUCACCCAUACGAACCCAUGCAAUCCUUUCACCCGUACGAACUCAUGCAAACCCUACUGCAAAGACUUCUUUAUUAAACCCAGAUAGUCAAGAUGGUUGUUGGGACGAAUUAUAUAUGAUUGCCGGUGGUUCCGGAAUAACACCAAUGUUACAGUCAAUGAAACGAAAAAACGAUGCUGGUCAAUAUGUUAGAUAUAAACAAAUGCAUUUACUAUUUGGAAACCGUAGUAUUGAAGACGUUGUCGAUGGUAUAUUACUUGAAGACCUUGCGCUUUCUAGUCGAGGACAACUUACUGUAACAUACUGUCUCUCGGAACCGCCUUCAGAUUGGGAUGGUUUACAAGGAAGAAUUAAUAAACAAAUAAUACAAGAUUGGAUAGAUACGAUGAAAGGUCGAUAUCUCUUAUCACCAAACAAGUCUCAGAUUACGGCAGGAGAUAGCAACUAUAUGAACAUUCUUCAAAGUCAUUCUAUACGGCGUGACGCGAACGAGCAGAAUCAGAGUAUUCCGCCACUUCUAAAACCUCAAUCGCCAAUUAUAAAACCUCAAUCACCAAUUAUUCAGCCGCAAUAUGAAGCGUCACAAAUUUCCAAUUUUCCGACAGAAUCAAGCGUUCCACUUGUACAUUUUGAUGAUAACAAAAUAUAUGACGAAGACAGUAUAGUCGAUAUAGGACCUAGGUCUGCAUCAACAAGAAAAUCAAAGAUACCUAAAAAUAUUGAUCCUCAUUUAGCAAAUUUGGGAAAAAGGAUUAAUCCGAUACAAGGAAAAAUUAUUGUUUGUGGUCCAUCUAGUAUGUUAAUUACCGUUGAACAAGCUUUGCUUGAGAUGGGAUAUAAUGAACAAGAUAUGAUUAUAUUGCAUUAA